AGGCCAAGCAUGAUGACUCCGGCUGUUAGUAUUAAAAUUUGUCUUUUCCUGGUGACCGGAUAUAUUUUCAUCUUGUUGCGGGCCCUUCAAGGCUAAGGGGAUUAAGGUUUAGCCAGAUUACUCUCACUGACAGACAUCUUUUCUAAAAAUGAGAGAGAACAAAGCUAAAGAUCGCAUGGUUGGGACACAUCCAGUGUCAGUAGUACUGGGCUACCUAAAGGAAAAAAGUCACAUGUACAAACUAUUUUACAGUACAUUAUAUAUUAUAGUACUGUAUAUUACAAGUACGGUACAGUACAAUUAUUAAAUAUUAAUUUUGUUAAUAUCUACUGUGCAGGCACAGUACAGUACUAUUAAAAUUAUAAGCAUCUAGUCAAAAUAUGGAGAGUGUGAGCACUAGAUAUUGCUACAACAUUGUUUAGUGCUAUUUUGGGAAAAAUCUGAGUUCUCUUCAGGAUUUGGGAGAACUAUUUCAUUAGUAAGUUCAGAGAUUUCUACUAUUUAGAGGUUGUACUGUACAGUACACUAUACUAUAUACUGUAUAAUAGUUUUACUGGCUUAGAGGAUUUUCAUCAUAAUUAUGGUACAGUACAAUAGUAUUCAAUAUGAUGCAAUAACUCAUAUAACAUUUCUUCCCUGAGGUAUAGAAAUGAUCUCAACAUUAACAAAGAAAUAAAAGUACAGCCUGUAGUUUCAAAAUGUAGAUGUAGAAGCACGUAAAACUUGGAGCCAAGGUCAAGGAAGAGACAAAAAAAAAAGACCAUCAUUAUUUAAACUUUUUUGUAACAUUAAAACCCCCAAAGUAAGAAAAUGUCUCAGCCUCAGAGUUUAGGGCUAGAUGUAGAAAUUCUGCGUCGUUUGAGCCGGGAUCGUCUUGUGCGAGUCCUUGAGGAUGCACCUGGUGCCAAAGAUCUGAUCAUUGAUGGUGACCUCAUGAAGAUGCUUGACCGUAUCUCAGGAGCAACACUUCUAAGGAGUCAUGGCGUAGAGAAAAUGUACAGAUUGGAUCGCUUGCCACCGCCUGUGCAGAGUGCUCAGCGUGUAUACGUAGUGCAGCCGUCUCUUAUCACUCUUAAAUAUGUAGCAGACCAUGUGCACUCUGAUAAACUCAACCAUCCUGAUAUACACAUUCACUUGGUGGUAGUGCCUCGCCUUGUGUCGUGGGUGACGGCACUGUUGGAAGAGGAGGGUCUGUAUGGCGUUGUCAUGCUUCACGAGUUUACCCCCGACUUCAUCCCUCUUGAUAAUGAUCUCCUCUCCUUGGAAAUGACAAACUUCUUCAGGAAUGCUUUCCUGGAGGGGGAUUUUUCUGGGUGUGUGAGUGUGGCCCGGGCUAUCAAUACCUUACAGGGGCUUUAUGGGCGCAUCCCUAAUGUGCUCGCCCAUGGCAGAGCUGCUAAGGCAGUCAUGAAUACCCUCGAAAUCCUCAAUGAACAAGAUUCACCCAAAAAAGUCCAUCAGACUCCAGAGAUCGGCCAUCUUUUUAUUUUUGAUCGUGAUGCUGACUAUGUAACCCCACUUCUCACUCAACUGACAUAUGAAGGUGUAUUAGAUGAGCACUUUGGCAUUCAUGCUGGGGUGGUGGAGUUCCCAUCUGACGUUGUGGGUCAAGAUAGUCCUCGAAAGGUGCCACUCAAUAGCAAGGACACUAUUUAUGACAACAUUCGCAAUAGACAUUUUGCUGGCGUGUCGAGCUACUUGAUUACUAGAGCUCGUGAGGUAAAAGCAAAGAAAGAUCAGGCUCAGAACAUGACUACUGGGCAAAUUAGAGACUUUGUGGCAAAUGAACUGCGCACACUACAGGCUCUACAGGCAACACUUGGCCUGCAUUUAAAAGCAUGCGAGACAAUCACAAAAUCUAUGAGACGAGAUUUUGAAACCCAGCUUGCAACAGAGCACGGACUCGUGACCAGAGCAGGGAAUUCGGGCAAGGCAAUGAAAUUUUUAAACGACUGUUUAGCCCGCAUGUUACCUCUGGCUGCCAACCUCCGUCUUCUAUGCCUCUACUCACUCACGCAAGAUGGCAUCUCCCGCCAAGAGUAUGAAAAAAUCACAUCGCAAGUUUUGACCGCUCAUGGCCAUAAACACCUGGUCACUCUCCAUUAUCUUCGCCAGCUUGGAUUGCUUGCAGUUGCCGACACAUCAAAUGUUAGUACUGGAAGUGGUGUGAGUAAUGCUCCCCUACAAGAUCGUUUGGCACAAGUAACCUCUUUGUUACCAAAAAAGGGAUCUGGUUGGCGUACAGCUGCAAAACGUUUUCGUCUCAUUCCUGAUGCUGAUGAGCCAAUUGAUCUCCACAAUCCUACUCAUAUGAGUUAUGUUUUUAAUGGUGCAUAUACACCAGCUAUCCCCAAAGUGGUUGGUGAUGCCCUCACUGGACGAGGUACCCAGUCUCUCUCGGAUAACUUAAAGGUUCUACCCGGAACAACGGCAAUCAUUACACCGCCUGCAGGUUCUGCAACCGGUCCUCGUGUGGCAUUAGUGGUGGUGCUGGGUGGGAUAACAUAUGCAGAGGUUGCAGCAUUCAGACUUUUGGCUUUGACAUCUGCAACACGCAUUAUAUUGGCCUCCACUAACACUGCUACCGGAGCUCAGCUUGUUUUAUCUGUUGCACAAGAAUGACUGUAUUAUAUUGCCAUAUGUUGAUCUAUGCAUGUUUAUGAAAGCUUUUAUAGUGUGUAGUAGUGUGGACGCAAACCAAUAACUGGUGAGCAUUAAACAAUAACCUUAAAUGGUUAGUAAAUGGUCUAUCCAUCUACCUUUAUCUACCUAUCUCUUCCCAACUAGUUAGGUUGAUACGUGUGCAAAGAGUCUCAUACACAAAUAAAUGUAUAUUUUAUAAGAAAAGAAAUUUAAACAAUUAAAGAAGAUGCAUACAUCUUCAUAUUAAUCUGAUUGAAAUAGUAAAUGUAGACUUGUGCAUUGUUUGAUUACUUUUUUAUCCUUUAUUUGGCUCUCAAAGUUUAUUGAUCUCAAUACAUUCAUUCUCGGUGCUUCUCCAUUACGCAUAGUCUCUUGGCAUCCCUCUUCAUAGUCAUAGCCUUUGACAACAUUCACUCCUUAUAUACAAAGCAUAAAUGAACACAUACUGUACAUGCCUGAAAUAAGAUACAAUCCCCAACAGCAUAGGUAAUAACUGUAAUUCAUGUGGAUCAUUGAAGAUUCAAAUGAAGGCGUCAAAAGUAUGAAAUUGUUGUCUUACAGGCCAGGCCAUCCUGGUAAUUAACCUACAAAGCUUUGCCUGGUUAGUAGGAUGCUGAUCUCAUAGUUUUGAUGCCCAAGUUUGAAUCAGGGAUGAUACAAGUCAAUGAAAUGCCUAAAAUUCAGCAUUAACAAAUGAUGAAGUACUUUUAUAUUUUACAGCUUUAUGGAUUGUCAGUUUCGAAGAAACACAUUGCUCAAGAAUGAAUCAUUAUUUUCCAACAUUUCCACACUAAUGAGCUGACUCAAGCUUAGACUGCAUAUCUAAUAGUGAGUAAAAGAAGCUGAAAAUAAGGUAAAGCUUUGAAUGGUGUUUGUGCUCUAUAUUUGUUGCUGACUGUAUGACUGGAGCCUGCAAAAGCCUAGUGAAUCGCUGCAAUUUGAUAAAUGUGUUCUAACCUUGUAAUAAAUUGAAGAGGUUUAAGGACAGGGGUUCGAUCCCAUCAUACAGCCUGUGUAUUUUCUCAUGGAUCUAGAUUUUAUGAUUUUAUCGUGCAUUUAUAGUGCGUUUGGAUUUCCAAUAUCAUACUGCAAUUUGAUGUAGUUUAAUUCUCCGGACAAUAAAAAUAUUGAGCACCUCUGACAUGAGCAAUUGUAUAAAAUUAGUUUUAUAUAUCAUGUUUACAAAUUCAUGUUUAAUUUGAUUUUUUAAACAGGUUAUAUUUUGCCACAUACAGUAUACUGUACUAUAUACAGUAUGUCAUUCAGUUUUGAUGUACUGUACUGUAUUGAUAUAUAUUUAUUUUCAUUGAUUAAAUACUGUAUGCUUUGAGUUAUUCUAGUGACUUAUGUUAUGCAGUACCAAUAUAAUUAAAAAUUUUGCUCAGUGAUUAAACACUGUUUAGUGAACUACUUGUAUGUAAUUUUGGGAAAAAUACGUUUCACUUGUAUGGUUUACACGUUCAUGUCAUGUCAAUCGACAAAAUAAGUCACAAGAACAUAUCUGAAACAAAUAACCCAACCCAUCUAUACGAAAUAAAAUAAAAAGUGACAGUUUGUCUUUCCUGGACCGACAUAAAGUCCUAAUAAGGGACCAGGGCUGACCGAAAGAUCACUUUCACUUCAUGUGUGGAGUGAAUUAUACAACAGCAACCUUUAAAGCAGGAUGGCACAUGCAAAAUUCUAACCAAAAAAAUCACAUGUUCCACUUUUUCCUCUGCUUAGCAUUUAAAAUGCAGUACAGUAUUACAAUGCACUUUGCAUUUCAGAAGUCUUAUUUUCACAUGCAACUCUUGAAUUAAGCAGUAAGAAAAAUUUUGGGACACCUACCCAAAUAAUCCAGCAGUACAAGGGAAGGACAAAUGAAUAAUUGGAAUAACUGAUGAAAAUUAAAUUGACGGAAAGUGAAUGGGCAGAGUUUGAGUGCGUGCUGUAAACACUCACAAGUAUUUGUUGUGGAGUUAGGGGUGGUAAUGCCCCUUGAAUUAGUUGUAAAGUACCUUCACCCACGAGUUAUGGAGUUGAAGCAGUCUAAGAUGAAUCUCUUAUUAGGUAUUGUAACUGAAAUAGGUAUAUUGUACUACUACUACAGGACAGGUUUUGUUUCUUAAAGUAACUGAAACUACAAGGUAGUUUCAGUUAUAUAGGUACAUUAUAUAAAUAAAUACAUGUGUAGCAGUGUAUAUUAUAUGCAAGAGAUGCACGUGUUUGUAAUCUGAUGUGCCUUGUAUUCCAAUCAUAUUUUAUCAAUACAUUCCUCUGUUCAGAUAUACUGUACUUUAUUGUAAUACAGUAUAUAUUAUCCAUAUUGCAUUAAAAGUUUCUUCUGAGUAUUUAUAGAUAAUGAUGCCACUAUCUUAAUUUAUUUCUAUAUAAAUGCUUGAAAAUAAAUGCCUUUGAAGGGAAAUAUAGAAAUACUUUAUUUUUUGUUCCAAGCCAUUCAUUCAAAAUCUUUAUUAAAAUAUAAUUAAACAUUAUAUUUUAAAAUAUUAAUUGAUGGACAUGCUAUGAAUAAAUCAUUUAUCUCAUGAUAGUGUAGAAAAAUAUUGUAAAAUGUAUUGUAGUCAAAUUCCAUGCACAAAAAGUAAUACAUACAGUAUUUACUCUGUACACUAUGCUACAGACUCUGGUAUAAGGAAGUCUCUUAGGAAUACAAUUGUGUCAUAACACCAUCUAUCAUUCUGCUAUACAAUUAGCUGCAAAAUCCAGUCUAGUAAAUUAUAGAAAUAUCUUAAGAAUAAAAUAACAAUUACAUCAACAGUCAUAAAUCAUAAUACUGUACUGAAGUUUCAAAUACUUUAAACUUUGUCAGCAUUUUAAUGACUUGUUCCUAUAUUAUGUACCAGUACAACAAUUGUUUCUUGACAUUUUGAAGGCAUGAUAACUUUCCAACACUUGUACAUUCCAUAUUCAUGGUGCAUUAUGGUUCCUAUAAGGGAAAGGGUAGUAGGGAAGAAUGUGUGAAUUAUAGGGAAAUACUUUACUUAGUAUCAAAGAAAAAAGUGUAUGCAAGGAUGCAAAUUGAGAUAAUUAGAAAUAAUUGAAUGAGGAUAGAAAAGGCAAUGAAGCAUUUAGGAUAGGGGUAGGGUUGACAGAACAAGUUUUUACGUUAAGAGUGGUGGUCGAAUGUUUUCAACAUUUCAUUGUCACAUCAACAUCAUGUGCCCAGAUUUGCCCAGGGAAAAGAAGCGUGGAAUAAUAUAUUAAAGAAAGGAUGAGGGAAAGGAGUUUAGAGUGCAUGAAAUAGUGAAAAGUGUGAUAACAGAAUCUUGUUGAGAAAUUUCUACUGUGCCCAUCACCUGAUGGAUAGCCCCUCAGAAAGGUUUAAGGCAUUGAUGCUAUAUAUAUUAGAUAUAAUACUGUCUAUUCUACUAGAAUGUAUGUUUUACACAUAGCAUAUACUGUAGUUUGGGUUAGGAAGAGGAAGGGAAUCUUGAAACUUCCAUUUUACAUCUGGAGCAUGAUAUUGUAUAAAGCUGAGUGUGGAUUCUGUUUGUCAGCUUUCAGUAAAUAUUUUCUCAGUACAGUAUACUGUACUCUGUCAAUUUGUACUGGUUUAAGAGCUGGAAAAAUUGUGCGAGAAAAAUCACUCAUUGACGAACCAAAUGUUUGAACAGAAAGACGCGACAUUCAGAGGUGUUAUGCUCCACAUACUGUUGCUUUAAAAUAACAACACAGACAACAGUAUAUUGAUUUGUAAAUUUGUGUUAAAUGGAAAAUUAUUUGUUUGACGUCAGCUGAGCUUAAGUAUUGUAUGGGAUAUACUCUACAGUAAAUGUAUGCCAAAUAUUGGCAACAAUAUAUUUAUGUUGAAGUGUAUAUAUCACAGAUUUUGUUAUUUAUUAUUUAUUAAUAAAAUAUGCUAUAGUAUUA